GUGACACUUGUGACGUAAACAUAACCUAAAAAAUAACUAUUUACUGUCAAAUUACAUUUUGUUUAUUUAUCGAUUUGAGCAACAACAGAGUGGAUGGAAUAUUUGUACUUAUUUCGUAUUAAUUUCUUUUCAUGAAAUUAACAAUUUUUGAGGGAUGAACGAAAGUCAAAAACCCUUUGCUUGUACCAUUGGUGGGUGUGAAAUGACUUUUACCAACGAAGAUCACUUAAAUUGGCACCACAAAAAGCACGACAUGGUUUUAAAUUUGGGUUUGGCCAGCAAAAAUGCAGAAGUUGCUGAUCAAACUCCAACACCAACACGAUUUAUCAGAAAUUGUGAAGAAGUGGGUCUGUUCCAAGACUUGCAAAAUGUGAAUCCAUUUGAUGAGACUUUCAAGAAAGCCAUAGAGUCUGCAAAAUCGGGUACACUCCAUUUACCUGAGGCUGCAUCAAAUGAUGAUACUCUUCAUACUCCCCACAUUCUUCUAAAUCUUGAAAGCUCAAAUGAAAAAUAUUCGGAUAACAGAAAUGACGUACAGUUAACUCACUUUAGUGUUAAUGAUAUUUGUAUAAGUAGGGUAGAAACGGUUUCUGAAAGUCCUACUCCAAGUGAGAAUGAUUUAACUAUUACUAUAGAGAAAUUAAGUCCAAAGAAAGAGAAAGACAAACAAAUCAAUUUAAAAGACAAGUUAAAGGAAACUAUACAAAAAAAAGGAAAAUCAUCAGGAGUGACCAUCACUCCAAUACCAUUGGAGAAGCUGCAAGAAAGCCAAAAGCGGACUCCCAUUUCCGAAAAAGAUGACUCUUCUAAUGUUGGUAAGAAACAAAAAACUGAUAAGGAUGAUGAGAAGGAGAAGAUUAGAGAGAUAAACAGAGCGGCGCAAAUACGAUGCAGAAAACGUAAGAAAAUCCAGUCGAAGAAAAUGGAAGAAGAGCUGAAAACUCUAAAGAGUGAGAAUUCUAAAUUGUAUUCGGAAAAUCAAGAUUUCAAGCAUAAAAUUUAUGCUUUAAAAGAGUUACUAGUGAAACAUAAAAAAGAAAAUACUGCUGAUAACACCACAAUUGUAAAAAACUUAGAAGAGAUUCUUAACUCAGCGCCAAUUGCGAGGAAAGAAACUCCAUCUGAAAAUGCGAAGCGAAAACCCAUAAAGCCUCCUAUUGUACCAGUGCCUCUUGUUCAACAUACUGCACAAAUACUUCAAAAACCAUUGAUAAUACAGUAUGUAGCUCCUGUUGCACAUUUGGCAUUGCCUGUGCCAAAUAAAUAAAUUUAAGGUUUGUUUUUAUGUUGUAUGAGCAGGUACCUAUAUGCCGGGUACUUUUUAAGUAAACUGAGUAGACACUAUUUUUGCAGAGUUUUAUGUUAAUCUUAAUAUUUAAAGGCUGGUGCUUCAUGUCCAUUAGAUUAAGUUGAGUUUUUGUCUUGAUGCUUAUUCCGUUAUGAUGCUGUAAUAAUUGUGACAUGAUUUAUGAGAAAACUAGCUUUAUAGGAAAAUAAUGUUACACUUACUUUUAUAUGAAUAUUUUGGUAAAAAAUUAAAAUGUUUUAUUGUUAAAAAGUGUAAUGAUUUAUAUUCCCAAUCAUACUGUACGAGUAUGUAUCAAUUUCAUGACAUAACAACAGCUGACAGCUGGCAACUAUUGUAUGAUUACUGAAAUUGUAUUGUACUGUAUUGUAUGAUUACUGAAACUAGUCGGGAAAUUGUUCCAUACCCCGAAAAUUAUUACACACCUGGGGAGUGGCUUACAUAAUUUUGUUAAGCUCCAUUAUUAUUAGUUAGAAUAAUUAGAUUGUGUUGUUAUUUGACAUUCUUGAUGUACCAACGGUGAUACAAGAUUUAUAGUAUUCAGAAACUAAAUAAAAAGGAUAAAUUUGAUCUAUUUUCUCCAAGGAGAUUAGAUGAAGGGAACCAAAGUCAUUUCCCCAAAUUGUAAAAAUUUAAUUAACGUCGUAGAAUAAAGGACAUAUUUUGGCAGUCAAUUGCCAUCAUCAGCUUGAAGUAGAGCUAGAUAUGUACAUACAGUGUGUCUCCGGAUAAGUGAAACGACUCUCAUAAAAAAUUAAAAAAUUCUCGAUUUAAAUUUUUAUUUUUUAGGAUACAGCCUUGCUUGGUUAAAGAUUAAUUUCUAACAUAAUUUUAGUUUAAAAAAAUCAAGUAUGCCUUGGAAAUUUUCAAAACAACUAAGUAUUUCUCUGUAAAGUGUCAUUUAUAUGGCAAAUACUAUAAAAAGUUGUUCAAAAUCAACAUUUAGGCCCUUAUACCAAAUUUUAAAAUCAUCG